AUGAGCGGCUUGUCCCAUCAAGUUUCGGGCUUCUCUCGGGGGCCUCUCGUCGCUGUGCUCUCACUAUCGUUAUGUCUGCUUUAUCUAUCAAUUAAAAUUAUCGGUCGCUUACUCUUCAAUCCUCUUCGACAUAUCCCCGGACCAUCCUCUACCAAGCUCACUGGAGCAGCAGUAUGGCUGAGUGCCAUACAAGGCCGCCGCGUUUACAAGCUGGAGGAACUCCACAUGAAGUACGGUUCUAUUGUACGAACUGGCCCGAAUGAGGUCUCCAUCAGCGACUGGAGACACCUGCGCACCAUCUACUUGAAUACCAAGGGAAUGAUUAAAAACCCAGACUUCUAUGAAUCUGCUACCUUUGUGGGUAAAGACAAUAUUUUCCAAAUGAUAAACACUCAGCAACAUGCUGCACGAAGAAAAAUGAGCAGUCCUCCCUAUUCGCUGCAAUCAGUUGCACUCCUGGACCCGUUGAUACAGGGCAAUGCCAAACGUCUCGCGCAACGCCUCAGAAGCGGUACAUCAUCUCCCGUCGAUGCCUAUACACUGUGCGGUCUCUUCAGCUUCGAGGUCAUAUGUCAAGCUGGCUUCGCAAAAGACUUCUCCAACGAUGCCGACGGCGCAGCUGCCCUGAAACUACUCCAGGCAAUGGAUGGAAGCGCACUCACUUUGCUCUUUGAUGGCGCCCUUCCUUUUGUAGCCAGGUUUGAUAUCGGUACCAAAUUGCCGGGUGUCAUCGGUGACUCAUACCGUAAACGAGAUUAUUGGCGGGAGAAGUCAUAUGAGAUGGUCGAUCACUUUCUAGAGAAGAGUUCCUCUGAUGAGAGGUACUUGCUUACGCCAUUGGCUACUGGGGUCGAUGGCUACUUGGGACGCAAACUUACCCAUGAAGAGCUUGUUGAGGAGGCUAUGGGCUAUAUGUUUGCUGGCUCGGGUACUACAUCGUCUACUUUGACAUACUUGCUGUACGAGAUCUCAAAGCUGGAGAAUGCGGCUGUUCAGGAGCGUCUGCGUACGGAAGUACUUGCGAUACCCGAAGAUGAUAUCGUGGCUAUCAGAAACAACGCCUACAUCAAUGCAAUCAUCAAAGAAACUUUCCGCGCUCAUCCAACGAUUAUCUCGACCAUUCCCCGACUGCUUACCGAGCCUUUGACACUAGACAAGUACACUCUGCCGCCCGGCACCGUUAUCGGAAUGCAGAACUGGCUUCACCACCAUGAUCCGUCAGUGUUCCCAGACCCAGAGAGAUUCAUACCGGAGCGAUGGCUCGCCGAAACCCCGGAGAUGAAGUCUGCUCUCACACCGUUUAGCCUUGGUAAGAGAAAUUGUAUCGGACAGAAUCUUGCGUGGCAAGAACUUUAUUGGGCUGUAAGCGAGGUCAUGCGCUCGGGUCUGAGGUUUAGGGUUGGAGAAGAAAUGAAGGUUUGGGAGAUGGAGAUGGAGGAUCGGUUUAAUAUAGCUCCGCGUGGUAGAAGGCUCAUGCUCGCUAUUUCGCCCGUCAAUUAG